UCGUUACUCAGAGUCCUGUCAAACACAUUCUCCUGCUCUCAAUAUUUCACUUUCUUCGCUGAUAACACCUGUGAGAGAUAGAAAGAGAGAGAGAAAGUUCCAUUGACAAUGCAGGAGAACAGAAGAACAGUACGCGUAGGGAAUUUAUCAGAUCUAGCUACCGACAGGGAAGUUCGAGAGUUCUUCUCCUUUUCCGGUGAAAUUGAACACAUUGAGAUUCGACGGGAGCAAGACCUAUACAGGACGGCAUAUGUUACCUUUAAGGAUACGAAAGCUCUUGAAAUUGCUCUUUUGUUGUCGGGAGCAACAAUAGUGGACCAGAUAGUGAACAUAAGUCUGGCUGAAAAUUAUGUACCACAGCCUGAAAUUCAGGAAGUAAGGAUAUUUGUUGACAAUGCUUCAAGCAUCGCCGGGGAAACUAACUCACCAUUUGAUGAGCAGGACAAACAAACUUCUCCAGGCAGUGGAAGGAAAGUAUAUGUGAGUAAAGCACAAGAUGUUGUCUCAAGUGUGCUAGCAAAAGGUUCAGCUAUUGGGCAAGAUGCUAUGAAUAAAGCCAGGGCAUUUGAUGAGAAGCAUCAGUUGACAGCCACUGCAUCUGCUAAAGUCAGUUCCUUUGACCAAAAAGUUGGACUCUCUGAGAAACUGACAGUAGGAAUUUCUGCGGUAAACCAGAAAGUUAAAUCUGUGGAUCAAAGGCUUCAAGUUUCUGAUAAAACAAUGGCUGCACUUAUGGCUGCUGAACGUAAAAUAAAUGACACUGGAUCAGCAGUCAAAUCAAGCAGGUAUGUAACUGCUGGAGCUGCUUGGCUGAAUGGUGCUUUUACUAGGGUGGCAAAGGCUGGGCAGGCUGCUAGUACAAAAACAAGAGAAAAAUGGAACUUUGCAUUCUCAAAUAUGACAGCAAAGGAUUCUCCUCUGGUUGUAUAGACUUGAAUUACAUCAACAUUGCUAAGUUGGCAACAGUGUGGAUUCCUCCGUGGUCAAGAGUUAUUGGAUACUUGUUUUGCCAUUGCAGAUGUCACGAACCAUUAGCCAUAUUCAAUUGAUUUUGCAGUGUGUAUGAUUCUUUUCAUUUUUUUUUUCACCUAAGUUGGUGUUUGAGAUUAUUGAUCUAUCGAAACUGCUUUACAGAUCGUGUAAUUCUACAAGUGUAAUCUGUCAUUUUAUUGUGACGCAGAAUAUAAGUACUUUCUGUCAUCAAUUA